UCAAGACCUUCGUGCCUUAACAACUUGAAAGCCUUCUAGCCUUCCCUUGGUGUUUACCGGUAAUCAUAGCACCUUUACCUUUCAAGUACUUGUUUGCGCCGACACUUAUGGCUUUAAGCAUACCAAACAAUGGGACGAUUGAGUAGAAGUGCACAACAAAUAGAGUCGUUGUGUACAGCCGCAGAGGCCAUACUUGCGCGCGGCAGUAAACUCAGUGCUAAGGUCUUGUUGAACGAAGUUCGUGGUAACCCACAUUGCACUGACUUGACUUAUAGAUCUGCCAAUAACUUUCUACAUCGCAACAAAGUUGGGCAGCAGUAUAUGCGCCCUUCUCCCAACGACAAUAGUCUUCCACCAAAGAAGCGAUUAAGAUGGACUGCUGUUGACGAGGCGGCCUUUCAGGAAGCGGUUGUUACCAUCCAGUCGACCAGCAAUAAACUGACUGCUAGCAAUAUUGCAAAGGAGCUGAAAGGCAGUGCAGCUUCAUACGACCAACUUCGUUACCGUCUUCGGAAAUUGACAGCCGCUAAGCACAACAUUGAAGAAACGCCUGAUUUGGGUGUUGUUGGCAGCAGGAGAUGAAGAGUUUGUUGAUGAUGAGGGCGAAACUGACAACGAGGACGUGCCAGGAGAUGUUGCCCAUGACCAUGUGCAAUCUUCCAUGCACUGUUGCAUCGAAGCUGCAGAGGAAGCCUGCAAAACAGCCUUUGCCGAAACGUGCUCGUAUGCGUGCUGCUGCUGCGACCGCAGACUGUUUAAGCAUUCGGUUGUGGAGGUCACGGACAGCUUGUACAACACCCUCUGUGAGCCAUGGGCAACAAAUGUUGCAGGAUGGGUUACGCGUGGUGGCUCGGGGCAUAUAUGCCAUACGUGCUUAGGCAGCAUCCGUAGGGAUCGCUGCCCACGGUUUUCAGUUGACAACGGGCUUGGAUUCCCAGACAUUCCUGACGAGCUUCAAGGCAUCCCUGAGCUGUCAGAGAGGCUCAUUGCCAGGCGUGUACCCUUCCUGCAGUUGCGAAGGCUUCCAGCUGGGCAACAGCAUGGCCUACGAGGUAGGAUUUGCUUCAUGCCACAGUGUACCUUUUCUGUCCCACAGACAAGCAUGUGCUUUGAACCCCCCCACUGCUACUUUGGACUGUGCGUCCACUCCAAGCAACCCCUCCAGGACAUCCAGGGCCGCACCGUGGCUUCCCGUGAGCUGACGCUGGUGGCCCCUAACAACGACUCGCCCACCUACACGGACACCCACAGCAUCGCCAUCUCGCUUUGGGGGGACCUGGCCAAGACGGAGUGGAAGGUGGGCCAAGUGCUUCUCGUGCUCAACGCCGCCACCCGAGUCUUCAGGACUGGGAGCGCGGUCAACUACAGCCUCACCACCCGCGCCAUCACAAGCAUCCAGACGGCUACGGAGCCCAUGGCCCGCUUCACGGAUAUCAGCAGCACCAAUUUCGCAUUCCAGAACGCUGGUGAGGUGUCCAACGCCUGCAGGUCCAAGAAGCUGACGGAGGCCAUCAGUGCUGCGGCCCGGCACCCACUCCACAACGUGUACGUGAGCCAUGUGCGGCUGCAGAUCAAGGUCCUGCACAACGUGAACAACCCCUUCAGCUACAACUGCACGGAGCCAACCUCCCCAAACAACCAGCCCUGCGGCAAGCGGCUCCAGGUUUCCGAGGACUCGACCUUCACGUGCUCGGUCCACGGCAAGCUCAAGGGUGGCCCCAGCACCUUUAGCAAGUACAUCCUCACGGGCUUGGCGCCCGACUGCAGCGUGGAUGGCACCUCGUACAGUGUGGAGCUCCACUUCCACGACAUGGCCAUCCAUCGGUUCCUGGGAUUCCCGGCUGGCAAGGCCAGCGUGAUCAAGAUCAGCAGCGACCGCAAGUACGCCAAGCUGGUCCUGACGCCCCUCCUGAGCCUCUCGGAUGGCACUCUCAUCAUCCGGGACGCCACCCUGCGCACUUACAACAACCACUCGUACAUCUACAUCCGUGAGUUCCAAAAGGUCGCGGAUGAAGAUGCGGGUGACGCCCAUGGCAGCCAGCACGCUGCCGCCUCGGAGGAGGCCGCCGCCAGCGACGGCUCCAUGGACUGCUCGGACAGCGGCCACCACAGUGGCGCCGUGGACCUGGCAAGCAGUGAGGAGCAGCAGCACACAGCGAGCGGGGACGAGGGUAGUGAUGGCGUUGGGGGGGACACGGACGAGGAUGUGUCCGAUGUAGAUGACGAGGAGGACGAGAGGGCCAGCAGCAGCAGCAUGGCGGCGUCGGAAGAUCCCGUGGAGGACACGGACACUAGUGAGGGAAGCAGUGAUGAGGAUGGGGAUGCAGAUGGAAGUGGCUCUGCCUCGGAGGGCGGCGAGGAGGACACUGACGAUGACAGCACCUAAAUGCAUGCACACAACAUCGUAAGGCCCGCCUGAGCGGCUGAUGGAAUGGGUGUUGGGCACAUGCAACUAGGCGGGGGUGGUGCUGCGGGUACCGGGCAACUGACAGCUAGGACAAAGGGGGGAAGGGCCCGAACCUGUACCUGUACUGGGAGGGUGGAUCACACACUGUUGGCGAAAGAAAUAUUGGGGUACAGCUGGGUGGACUUGCAAGUGGUACCUGGUAACGUGUCGCUGGGCAACCGCAGUAUUGGUCAUGGUAGCAAGCAGGUAACGACUGCCGCUGUUCAGCGCGCCGUCAUUACACAAGCAACGCAGCCCUAUCUGUAACUGUACCUAACAGCAUGACCGAACCGCUGCAGUCCGACCACACACACUACUAUACACAACUAUACACAACACAUGGGCAGGCCAUGAGAUCGCUUCGGUGUCGUGCCCCAUCGUUGGCUCGUGCAGUUUGUGGUCACGGGUGGUGACGCUCGCGGGCAUGUCCCAUGGUUCAGUUGGAUGAUGACGGUGCGAAUUGCUACUGCCGAGGUGACUGAGUGGUUCCGGUUAUAAUGGCUGGUAUUAUCGCAGUUCCUUUGCUUUAAGUGUUGUGGGCUGUGGAGAGAUCGCUCUGGCGUGUCCAGAGUAUCUGUCGUACAAGUGCCUGUCUUGUUAGGCGGCGCAGUGCCCGGGCUAGGGCACUGCGUUUUGCUCACAUACUCAUGUACUGCCUGUAAGAACCAUGAAGGGCUUCA